UCUUGCUCCUGGCAAGCCCCUUUGGGCUCCUAGCUCCGUCUCCGAACGAGGACUCUGAGCGUCAGCUUCUUCACCGCGGGAGAUGGAGCGCUUUUCGGGCCGCCGGGCUCUGGUAACUGGGGCGGGCAAAGGGAUUGGCCGGGCUGUGGCGGUAGCCUUGAGCCGGGCUGGGGCUCAGGUGGUCGCGGUGAGCCGGACCCAGGCGGAUCUCGACAACUUGCAAAAGGAGUGCCCUGGCAUCCAGGUCCUAUGUGUAGACUUAGGAGAUUGGGAAGCUACUGAGACAGCACUGAGCCAAGCGGGGGAUAUUGACCUGUUGGUGAAUAAUGCAGGUGUUGCAUUGCUACAGCCAUUCCUAGAGGUGACCAAGGAGGCCUUUGACAGGUCUUUCAGUGUCAACGUUCGGGCCGCGUUGCAUGUUUCUCAGAUUGUUGCUCGGAAGAUGAUUGCCAGGGGUGCACCGGGUGCAAUCGUAAAUGUCUCCAGUCAGGCCUCUCAGCGGGCUCUGCCUGAUCACACAGUUUACUGUUCAACCAAGAGCGCCUUGGAUAUGUUGACAAAGUCAAUGGCUCUGGAACUGGGUCCCCAUAAGAUUCGAGUGAACAGUGUGAACCCCACCGUGGUCAUGACUAACAUGGGACGCCUGUACUGGACUGAUCCCCAGAAAGCUGGGCCAAUGAUUAGCCGCAUCCCCUUGGGGAAAUUUGCAGAGGUGGACGAUGUGGUAAAUGGCAUCCUCUUCCUGCUGAGUGAUCAAAGCAACAUGACGACAGGUGCCAUGCUGCCCGUUGAUGGGGGAUUCCUUGCCUGUUAAAACUAUGAAGUUGGCUUGAGUCCAUUUGGAUGUGUCCAUUUGGAUAAGUCCCCCAUACGACUUAUCCUGCCUGGUCAUCCUGAAGGACUGGAGAGUUGUGGAAUGAGAUAUGGUAGAAAGAGAAGUUCAAUCCUCGGAUCCGUGAGUAGAGUGAAGAGGAGGUGUCCUUCCUUCUGCUGCUGACCCUAAACAAACCACGCCGGCUUACUUAUGGAGAAAUGUUUAUUGUAUAAAAUAAGAGGUGUUCAGCUCAUCACUCUACACGAUGAUUAAAAACUGGACCCGUCUCCAUCCCAACCCCUCCAAAGCUCUCCCUGCUCCAUCCCCCAGUCCAUCACUCCUGACAAAAGGAAGGGGUUGGCCAUCACCCUCCCACCUGCAUCCCUUUUUUUAAUUAUUAUUAAAUCUUACAGAAAGGUUCUUGCCAUGCGGCCCUGUUCUGCCCAGGCUGGACAAGGUAAAGAGACCUUCCUCCUCUUCCCCAUCUUUGGGAGAGUUGAUGGUCAGUCAACCAGCUCAGGAGCAGCGCACAGGCCGAUGCCCUGAAAGGCGAAGACAGCUUUGGAUGGCACAGAGCUGCACUGAUCAUUGAGCUCAGCUAGUGUCUCGCACAAUAAAGCACUAACGGCUAGUUCUUC